AUGUCUUUCAUGCAGGAGCUCGCGUCUUGGAUGUCCCCAACAUCGUUGACCCUGUCCAGCCCACCAAAAGCGGGAGACGCGGCCCCAACCACCGACCAACUCGCGUUUCCCAGGGAUGGUGGUAAACCCGCUGUAAUCGCUUUCCUGCGGCACUGUGGAUGCCCAUUCGCCGAGAAAACAUUCCUCACUCUUCGCGAUGCAGCAUCCAAGCAUCCCGAAAUUACCUUCAUCACCGUCUCUCACUCGUCAGGUUCGCACACGCAGAAAUGGCUGUCCGAAGUCGGUGGCCCCGGCGAUAAGAACCCGGUUCAAGUCCUCGUCAACGAAGAACGCAAAAUUUAUGCCAAAUGGGGACUCGGUGCAUCGAAUUUCUGGCAUGUACUCAGUCCUUGGGCACUUUCGGAUGUGUUCAAGGUCUCUCGAGAAGAGGGAAUCGCCAAUAGGCCUACGGAGAGCGGCAAUAGGUGGCAGACUUCCGGUGCGUGGGCUGUUGAUGGGAAGGGCAAGGUGACGUGGGGUGGUCCAGCCACGACUGCUUCCGAGAUUCCCGAUGUUGAAGAGGCAAUUAAAACGCUGAAAUAA